AUGCUUUCGACAGAAGAGGCUACAGCGAGCAUCACCAAUAAGAGCGAUGGCUUUGUAGAUCUGCAUCACGGGAAUGGGCUCGGGUUGACCGAUCCGUUGCUGCUCGCUAUUGCCGCCGACUUGGGCUUAAACCUUUCCAGUCAGCAUCCUCUCCUACGACCAAACAUGGACUUCGUACAGGAGGUGGCAAAACUGCCGAUUGAUUUUGCAAGUGUGCCCUCUGGGACGGAUGUGCAAGGGAUGCGACGCUGGAUCAAGGAGGUCUAUCUAGAUCCCGUCCUGAUCGAGGCUCGCAACAAAUGCAAAUUCAAUCGCAGACGUCCUCAACAGAAGGUAAACAAGACUGUCGUCUCUGUGAAGUCUUCGGAUGGCAGUGGAGAGACCUUCGAGCUAUGGAUCUACCAGACCGAUGACAAGCCCCCUGCCAGAGGCAAGCCCGCCUUGAUGAUGCUUCACGGUGGCGGUUGGAUUCAUGGAACGCCUUUGUGCGAUGAAGUCUUCGCCGAGACAUUGGCAUCGGAGCUGGACAUCGUGACCGUCGGAGUAGAUUAUCGACUUGCUCCAGAAUACCCCUUUCCGACACCGCUUAAUGACUGCGUCGAUGCUCUGAAAUGGGUCUUGCAACAUGCAGACACCCACAACAUUGAUACGAGCCGUAUCGGGCUCUGGGGCGCUUCAGCUGGCGCGAAUCUCGCCGCAGCCCUUGCCGUCAAGUACUCACAAGAAAAGGAUACUCAGUUCGCAGGACUGUCGGUCAGCCUUGUCAGCCUCGUCGUGCCGGUGGCUGGACACCCAAAGGCAUUUUCCCGAUUCUCUAAAAACAGAAAGUUUCCAAAGAGCGAUAACGAGGCCCUGUUUGAGGAAGAAAGCCCUCCUUCAGAGCAUGUGAUAGCCGGGGCGGAGAAAUUACUGGGAAUGUAUAUUGGCGAACACGGCGACCCGUUUGAUCCUCUGAUUUCACCAAUAUUGGCAAAUCCAACUCCAGCUCACCCGCGUACACACAUUACCGUGGCUGCUUGCGACAUCUUGAGGGAUCAAGGCUUGGCUUACGGACAAUUUCUUCGGUCAGGCGGUGUGCAGGCUACCGAUGAGGUCCUCCCAGGCGUGCCGCAUGCCUUUACAUACUCAAUGAACACGCCCUUGGUGGAGAGAUGGGUGGAAGACGAAAGAGACAGAUUUGCCCAGGCGUUUGCACUGGACGAGUAG